AGUGCCUUACAUAUUAAACAAGAUGGAUACAGCAUAUCUACAGAAGAACCUUGGUGACUGUUUAACACAAUGUCUAGCAGAAAUAUCAGAGAAACGUCCAAGAGACCCAAUAGAAUUCAUGGCCCAGUGGCUUUACAAAUAUAAGGAAAAUGUCAUGUACAUGGAGAAGAAAGAAGAAGAAAAGAAUCAGUUAAUUAGAGAAAAAGAAGAGUUUGAGAAGGAACAAGAAAUGUUGGAGAAAAGGAAAGAAGAGGCUGAUCAGAUAAAGAAAGAGGACGAUGAGAAACGGAAGGCUGAGGAGGAAAGGGCAGCCAAAGAGAGUUCCUCUCCCACAAAACUCCCCCCUGUGAUAGAGGCUCAGGAACCUCCCGAGGAGGAGGCAAAGAAAGCGGCGACUGAGGCACCAGCCGAGGAGGCACCCACACAGGAGGAGGAGAAACCCUCAGACUCCUCAGAGGAAAAGAAGGAUGAAGACUCUAAAGAAGAAACAAGUGAUCCUGCUCCUACAGAAGAGGAGACAUAGUCAUUGUCCAAUCACUAGCCUUGUUACAAAUGUUCACGGUGCUGUUCCUCCAACUCAGACAGCAGUGUGAUCUGACAUUACCUUGCCUGUGAUGCUUUGUGAUAUCAUGAGUGACAGCUUGUACGUUUAUGUGAGUGUGCACAGAGUGAAAGUGACCAAGCAUUUUAUCAUCUUUAGAAAUGAAAAUACUUACAAUUGACAGAACAAUAUCUUUUGUUUUAUACAUUUUUGUUUUGUGACUAUAAUGUUUUUAUUUUAUAAAUAGCCUCUGUAUUAAAAUAUUGUUUUGAUUGAAA